AAGGGAUCAAUUCAGGGACAAUUAGUAGGUAGUCCAGAUCAUCUCAAUCUCAUGGAGGAGACUACUGCUGCUGUUAAAAGGACAUGUCAAGAUAAAGGCUAAACUGAGACGGAAAAUGACAGAUGCGAAACCUGCUGAGCUCAUCUUUUUCUGUUUCAUGCUGCUUCACAGUUUUGUAGCAACAUUAAAAUGCACGAGCCCAACUCCUGAAUCUUUGUUUGCUGCACUUGAGACAAAUUUAUUCACUAAAAAACUACUGCGACCUGUGAAAAGCUUUUCAACUCCAGUUAACAUAACCGUUGGUAUCACUGUGGUGGGAAUUGUAGGAGUGGAUGAACAAUCCCAGAUCCUGACAACACUCUUAUGGCAAGUUCUAGAGUGGGAUAUUGAGGGACUGAGCUGGAAUGAGGAGGAAUGUGGCACUAAAAGAGUCUCUGUCCCUCGAAAAAUGCUUUGGGUCCCAGAUAUCCUUAUCGAAGAGACCGCGGAUGAGGACACAUCCCCGAAAACUCCCUAUGUCUACUUAUACAACACAGGUCAUGUAUAUGAUGCUAAGCCGAUCAGAGUGGUCAGCUCCUGCCGACUAGUAAUCUACUCGUUCCCCUUCGAUAUCCAAACCUGCUCGCUGACCUAUAGAUCAUAUCUACACUAUGCGGAAGACAUAAGGAUGAUUCAAGGCCCCACAGCCGAAGAGAUACUGGCGGAGUCGCAAGAUGUGUUGGUGACCAAUGGGCAGUGGGAGCUCAAAGAUAUCCGUGUAGCUCCUUCCACCCUGGCAUUAGAUGUGGGAUCCUUCUCUGAGAUCAAAUACUAUAUCAUUCUGAAACGUAGGCCACUCCUCUAUGUGUUGAACCUGCUGAUCCCCAGCGGCUUCCUCAUCACAGUGGACCUCUUCAGCUUCAUGCUCCCUACUGAUGGUAUGGACCGUUCCUCCUUUAAGAUGACCGUCAUCCUGGGCUACACCGUGUUCCUGGUGAUGAUUAACAACCUGCUUCCUGUCACUGGGGAGACACCUCUCAUCAACAUUUUCUUCUCCAUCAAUCUCACUCUGAUGGUGGCCAGCCUGUUGGAGACCAUGUUUAUCGUUAGUAUCCAGAACAACGCCAGACGGUACUCUCCGGUGCCUCACUGGCUCAGUGUACUCGUGCUAGAAUAUCUAGCUGUUGUAGUUUUUCUCCCUCGAAAGAGAGCCAUCACACGAACCAGUUUCUUCUUCAACUCAUCUACAAGAGAACCAGAACAGAAUUACCGCAUCACCAGCAUCUCGGCACCUCAUCUUCAGCACGUGUCUGGUGAUGAACCUCCAUCGAAACCCCCUCUGACGCCUCCGGAGCCGGCCCUGGAUGAGCUGAGGAAUCUGAGCAGAGACCUCUUGGCCAUCCGCCUCCAGAUAGAUAAACACUUCGAGGAGUUCAACGCCUUGAAGGAAUGGCGAUUGGUCAGCAAUGUACUCAACCGGCUGCUGUUUGGUGCGUACGUAGUCUUCAACGUUGUCAGCUUAAUCGCCAUCAUAUCUGUCUGGAUCGUCAGCUUUUCCAGGUCCGGACUAGAGGGUUGAAAGCACAAUUGAGAAAACCAAAAAACGUUCUUACGCAAUACAGCAUGCAGUAUUCUGAGAUGCGGCGCAUGUUGAUUACAUGUCAAGAAAUACAAUGUGAGUUUCUGGAGCUUGGACAAUGGUGGUAGAGUUGUAUUUAUGAGAGUCACUGCUGUUGAGGUCAUAGGACGUUGUGACUACAAUUCUGGAUAAGAAUUUAAAAGGUUUUUCCCUUCUGCUUUUGCCAUCUAUCUUUCAUUUCAUACAGAUGAGGUUUUACAUGCCUUCAUUUCUCCUCACAUAUAUAUUUUGUUCAACUAUCUCAACCCAAAAUGUUUGCUGCCAUACGUUGGUAAUGUCCACCGUCUUCGAUGAGCACUCAACCCCAAGUAUAGCUGAGUCUGAUGGAAAUGUCAUUAGUUUAGCAGGUUAUUGGGUCAUGAACCUGAUGAAGAAGAGUUCAGGAUUCAGUAAAAAAUCAUCCAAAGUUACGGCCAGGCAGACUUUGACGUUAGGCAAGACAGUUUUCUCCACCGUGGUAUCGCUACUUAUACUUCAGUAUACUUAGCUACUUAUACUCACUGCUAUUUAGCAACUAUAGUUACAUGAUUUUGGUUACUGAAAAUAAUAUUGUUUAUAUUAUUAUUAUAAUACUGUAACAGGUUUCCCUGUUAC